AUGUAUUUUGAUGGAGCUUCAAGGAGUCCAGAUGGCAAGAAGCAAGAAAAUCCUAAAAACAAUAAAGCUGGAAUUGGAAUUGUGUUUAUGACUCCAGACAAUGCUAUAAUCACCCAUUUUUUCGCCUUAAGUAAAGGAUGCUCCAAUAAUGAGGCAGAAUAUGAAGCUAUAAUUGCUGGAUUAAAAUUGGCAUUACAAAUUCCUAUUGAAGAACUCUCAAUUUAUGGAGACUCAGAAUUGGUGGUAAAGAAAACACAUAUUUUCCAUGUGAAUAGAAGAACAAAUGCUCAAGCUGAUUCACUUACAAGUUUGGCUACAUCAUUGACCCUACCAGAUAGCAAAACAAUUACUACCACGGUAGGUGAAAGAAGGGUGUUACAACCUUUAAAAGAAGUUUCUGACUUGGUUCCAAUCUUGAUCGUCACCACGAAGGGAGAAAGCGAGGAGGAUUGGCAGGAACCAUUCAUAGCUUACCUUCAACAUGGUAGGCUACCUGAAGAUAAAGUAAAAAGAAUUGAAGUGAGACGUAGGGCUAUCAAAUUCAUCCUGUGGAAAGAUGGGUUAUACAAAAAGUCUUUAGAUGGAAUAUACAUGCGGUGUAUAGCCAAGGAGCUUAUUCAAGAGGUAAUGGCAGAAAUACACGCAGGUGUAUGUGGGGCACACCAAAGUGGUCCUAAAUUACAUAUGCAGCUAAAACGGUUGGGAUACUAUUGGCCGACUAUGAUUGCAAAUUGCAUAGAUUAUGCUCGAAGGUGCCAUGUCUGCCAAUUCCAUGGGAACUUUCUCCACCAACCCCCAGAGCCUUUACAUUUAACAACUUGUUCUUGGCCAUUUGCAGCGUGGGGUAUGGACAUUAUUGGUCCUUUUGUGCCUCCAUCUUUAGCAGGAUAUCGAUACAUCCUAGCUGUAACUGACUAUUUCUCAAAAUGGGCAGAGGCCGUGGCUUUAAAGGAUAUAAAAAGCACAGUUGUCUCUGAGUUCAUCCGAACCCAUAUCAUUUACAGGUUCGGGAUUCCAGAAAAUAUCAUCAUGGAUAAUGGACAGCCAUUCAGGAGUGAUGCUUUGAACAAGUUAUUUGCCAAGUACAAAAUCAAAAACAACCAUUCAUCAAGAUAUCAUGCACCUGCCAAUGGUUUGGCAGAAGCUUUCAACAAGACAUUGUGCAAAAUUCUUAAGAAGAUGGUGGAUAAGAACAAAAAAGCUUGGCACGAAAAGUUACAAGAAGCUUUGUGGGCUUAUCGAACUUCGCACAGAACUCCUACUCAAGCAACCCCUUAUUCGUUGGUUUUUGGAGGAGAAGCAGUGUUACCACUUGAGGUUCAAAUACCAUCAUUGCGAGUGGCAAUACAAGAGUCCUUAACAGAACAUGAAAGUGCAAGAGUGAGGUUGGCUGAGCUGGAGACCCUGGAUGAAAGAAGGUUGUAUGCUCAAUAG